AUGAAUGUCGAAAGUCUUGGAACAAAUUCUAAGCUUGCCCUUACUAACAAUAAGCUAUCAGUAGAAAUUUCACAAGAUGACACCGAAGAAACAAUAACAAAUUAUAUAAAAAGUGGAAUUUUCAAUUUUGGGCUGGAUCUUUUCUUUGGUUCGGUUCAACAAAAUUUGGAAGUAAUUGAACGGCUUAAAGAUGCAGCCUAUAAAGAAUCCAAGCUUUUGGAUUUCUCUAUUCCAUUUUCAAUAUAUUUAAAACUUAGUCCCAGACUUCAGUACACCGGAAAAUUUAAGAGAAAUAAAAUAAGCUUGAACUUGAAGCUUAACAAGUUGGUUGUAUUGACAACGAAUAGGGAAUAUGCUUCUAGAUCAUGUCACAGUUUGAUUUAUGUGAAUGCAAAGUUCCUGAUGCCCGAUGUUAAAAAAUGUGACAUAAUCCGCUUAGGUAAAUUCAUUCAGCUUCAAGUGGUUGAGACCAACCAAAUAAGUGACCAAGUUACAUGCAAAGUCAUUGUACCUGGGAUAGUUAAACCACGUAUGCUUGCAAGAUUCCCCAAACACAUCGAAAUGGCACAUUUAAAGAUUUCAUCUGAAGAACUCGAAGAUAUAACCUUUGCUAUUGGCACCAAUAUCAAUGUGAUCAUUUCACAUACACCUGGGAGUCCCGAGUACUGUAACGAACUCCACGGAACUUUAUCUGAACUUAAAUGCAAACAUUUUUACCUAUUUACUCGACUAACUUUUUCAUGUGUUGAAAGUUUGGAAGAUGCUAAAUGGAUUUCCAAUGGAUAUGACGGUUUUCUAAUAGAUUGUUCCGAUAAUUUCCCAGAAGAUGAAAUUAUCAAACUUUCACCUGGAGCUCGAGUUUUAAUGGAGAGAUCAUAUUACAAAAGAAAACCGAUAUUUUUACUAGGUUGUUGGUCAAAAUUUGUACAUCCUUCAGACUACUGUCAUGCAUUUCAACUCCCUGACAAAUUCAUUCUUCCAUGUAAAACUGACUUUCUUCGACUUUUUGAAGCAGUUUUCCAAAAACUAUCUAAAUCAGAAAUUUUGGAAAAAGACAUUUAUAAGAAGCCACAUAGUUCGAGCAGUUUAUUGGCUCGAGCGGUUUUAGCUGCAUCAUUUGAUUUCCAAGCUGAUGCCAUAAUUGUAUGUUCCAGUAUUGGCGAACAAGCAAUUAAAAUUUCUCAUUUUAGGCCAGAAGCUUUAAUUUUAUCCGUUACAACUUUAGAUAGCGUUGUUAAUUAUACAUCAAUGUAUCAUAACAUUUUGAUGUUAGCAUUUGAUAUGAAAAAUGAUACAGAUUUAACACAAAAAGAAGAAACUCAUCAGAAAUUGAUCCAUGGAGUGCGAUAUGCACUUUUGAAGAAAUUUGUUUACUAUUCUAGCACGGUUAUAUUGGUUUUUCAAAAGCAUAUGCAGUUUGGAUCGGCAGAUAAAUUUGCCGUUAUAAAAAUUGACAACGAUUAUGGGAAAACUAUUAAUAAUGUGAUCUUAAAUUAAAAAGUAAAAAAACAUGCAUUUUUUUAGUGCGAAAAAACUUGUGUUUCAUCG